AUGCGUGAAGUUGACUACCCACUAGACUACGAUGAACAAGCAAGUGAUGUCAUUAGAGUCCGCCAGAUUCUCCCGGUGAAGACAAUGUAUCCCCCGAAAUUGUCGUUGCUAAUGGUUCGUGUGUCGAUUGAUCGACUCAGUUAUAUUGAAGGUAUUCGACGGACGUGGUGUGAUGUUGAGUUACAACGGGUGUAUCACAUGAAGUGUCUCUUUUACUUUGUAGAGGAGACUGUAGAAGAAGAAAGGAAACGGGAGAGUUUACUUCGCAUGAAUGAGACGUAUGGAGACAUAAGUUUUAUACAUCUACCUGGCUUCAAAGAAGGGUGGGAUACUAUCUAUCACAAAAACAUUAAAAUGUUUGAAGAUGGUGUUACUCGAUAUCCAGACUAUAAAUUCUAUGCUGUUAUAGACGACGAAGACUAUAUUAAUAUCGAAGUCCUUGCUAACUAUUUAACUCCAUUAAUCCCACAGAAUGUCGUCUUUGGAAAAGUCCUUAGACACCCUCCUCAUAAAGAUCCAUCAGAUCGAUACUUCGACAAAUUGGCUUUUCAUUCACUGUAUUACCCCUUUGUAAGUGGGGUGAUCGAACUCUACUCAAGUGAUAUCGCACAUUUCAUUGGAAAUGAGUAUAACUAUCACCACCAACCACCUUCCUCUUUGGACGACACCGCAUUAGGGUUUUUAAUAUAUAAAUACUACAGACUAACAGGACAGAAAGUCCACAUCCAUCAUCCAGACUGUUUCGACAAUUUCAUCAUUCACAGAAAGAAGCCGAGGUUCAUGCAAGACUACGCGAGAGACCUUUUCAAGGGAUACUUCAGAGAUAUUGGCAACAUGAAGUGA